GAUUGGAAGAUUCAUUUUUUGUACGGAACAAGCAUAUAGAUGGUUCAGGAGGUGCGAUAGAAAUAUAUCUCACAGACUCCGUGACCGAUAAUAAGAAUAAACAGAUCAACAACAGGCCUUCACGAGUUUCUCAAACUGUUAUUGCUAAUGUAUUGUUUAAAGAAAACAUCGCACUUGUUGGCAGCGCUUUGUCAGUCACCAAAUGCAACGUUAAAUUAACGAAUUGCACAUUUUUAAAUAAUUUUGCACUUCCUAAAGGCGGUCAAGUUGUUAACAUUGGCGCAUCGGAUAUUAGUUUAAGCCACUGCGUGUUUAGACAAACAAUUUCGAAGAUCAUGACGAGUAAUGGAACAACAUUUGCAGCCUCUUCGUUCCUCAGGUUCUACAGCACUGGAAAGGCGGAUAUACAUAAUACAACAUUCAGUCGUAACACAGAAUCUGCAGACGAAGCGACAAUCUUGAUAACCACAGCAGAGCAGAUAUCACUGGAUAACUCCUCCCUGAACACCUGUCCUUUGGCCUACGCCAUCGAAAAAGAUUAUUAUCAUUACUACGGCGCGGACGAUCGUAAUGUCAGCGCACUAACGCUAUCAUGCAGGAAAUGUGACUAUAACCUCUACUCUCUGCAAAGAGGAACGGGGAGAGGAUUAAAUGUAGAAUCUAGUUUCCAGUGCCUCCAAUGCCCGCGAGGCGCAGUGUGUGUCCCAUUCAUUAGAUCAAAGUCAAACUUUUGGGGAUAUAAAACUGGUUCGAAUCCACCUACGUUGGCUUUCAUCACUUGCCCGUUUGGCUACUGCAAUUCCCCGCCAUCUGACAGCACUGAAUACAAUGCAUGUCAAGGUAAACGUACUGGUUUUAUGUGUGGGAUGUGUUCAUCUGGCUAUUCAGAGGCUCUGUGGUCAACGAACUGUACUUUAACACGAGAUUGCAACGACUAUUGGUUUUGGAUUGUAUUUCUUGUUUAUGUCUUCUUAAUGGCAGCUCUCGUCGUCUUCAAACCUCCAUUGAUAAAAUAUCCUUUACGACAGAUUUUUUGGUUUAAAACGUUUAUAGAUGGCAGUCGUUUCGCAAACUCUCAAACGGCUUUACAACGUCACGUUGAUCUGAUUCCUGAAGACGACACUGAACAAAACAAUCCAUCGCUAUCUUCAUUAGAGAAAAAAAAACAAGAUAAGAGACAAUUUUCGGGUUUAUUGGAAAUAAUCUUUUAUUUCUACCAAAUAUCACAACUGCUUCUCUGGUCGACUUCGCUCACCGAAUUCUUUGAAACUGAAUUUCUCAUGCCCGUCCUUGGCUUCUUCAACUUCCAACCAGGUGUAACAAACCAUCAUGGUUUUGUCUGUCCCAUUCCAGGGUUGACACCAAAGACAAAGCUUCUUUUUAAAGUUGCUCCGGUCUUCGGGACGCUCGCUGCAAUCUUUCUUCUCUAUUCCUUCCACGUCCUCAUUCGUUGCAAGAGAGGUUUUCUUCCACCUGACAUUUCUCCUUAUUUUCAAGCCAGCGUCAAAACAGUGUUCCUUAGCUACGUGACCCUGGCUACUGUCAGUAUUUCGCUAAUUCGCUGUGUCCCCGUUGAAGGCAAACUAAGAUGGUUUUAUAAUGGAAACGUCUUAUGCUACGAAUGGUGGCAAUAUGCAUCGUUCAUUUUCAAUGCCGUCUUUGUCGUUCCAUUCAUAUUCGUUCUCGCUUGGAUUCCAUUCAAGCUUUACAAAGAUAAAAUAACCGUCAGAAAUUUCCUCCUAGCUGUUGUUUGUCCUCUGUCGUUCUUGUUUCAAAGGCUAGUCCGCAUUGUAUGUCGAUCUGAAGACAAACAUAUCGAGGAAAGCGAAAAUUUGAGCGCCUUGAAAGAGUUGCUUCUAGGUCCAUACGCACAGCCAAAUGAAACGAACAAGCGUGGAGCUUUGUAUUGGCAGAGCAUUUUGAUUGUUCGUCGAUUUAUUUUGGUCGUAAUCUUUUGCAUCGUGACAGAACCAUCCUUCAGGUCAGAUCAACCUGUUUAG